ACACCGGCUGCCUCCUCAGUACUCCGCAUUAACUCUGUCCCAGAAGGAGCUGCACCUCGAGUGUCCGCUUUAAACACUCAGUCCAAGAUCCGGGAGCCGCUCAAGGACCGCCGACCGAGAAACGGAACUAAGUAUCCUAAAACAGUCCGGGUGCUGGAGCUGGAGCUGGAGCAGAAGAGGAUAUUUAAGGUGUUAGCUCUACUUUAGUGGGCUACUUUACCCGGCUUCUCACCGCCGGGGACGGAAGACAGCCGCGUAACACUGACAGACAGUCGAAAGGGAACCGAGUUGGACGUUUGUUUUCUUCCGCAAAAAAGAUGGCAUCAAAUGAGUCGCGGCUCCAGCAGCAGCCCUCCCAGAAGGACGCGGCCGACCAGAACUUUGACUAUAUGUUCAAGCUGCUUAUUAUUGGCAACAGCAGCGUGGGAAAAACAUCCUUCCUGUUCCGCUACGCAGAUGACUCCUUCACCUCUGCCUUUGUCAGCACCGUGGGCAUCGACUUUAAAGUCAAGACUGUCUUCCGCAAUGACAAGAGGAUCAAGUUGCAGAUAUGGGAUACAGCAGGGCAAGAGCGCUACCGCACCAUCACCACAGCCUACUACAGAGGAGCCAUGGGCUUCCUGCUCAUGUAUGACAUCACUAACCAGGACUCCUUCAAUGCAGUUCAGGACUGGGCGACACAGAUCAAGACAUACUCCUGGGACAAUGCUCAGGUGAUCCUGGUUGGUAACAAGUGUGACCUGGAGGACGAUAGGCUCGUCCCCACAGAGGACGGCCAGCGACUGUCGGAGGACCUCGGUUUCCAGUUCUUUGAGGCCAGCGCUAAGGACAACAUCAACGUGAAGCAGGUGUUUGAGCGCCUAGUGGACGUCAUCUGUGAUAAGAUGAACGAGAGCAUGGAGGGAGACAUCAACCUCAUAUCCAACCACGGGAACCAAGGCCUUAAAGACUCAACUUCAGAGAGCCACGGGGGCUGUGCCUGCUAAACCACCUGCCUUCUUAACAAGUCCCCCAACACACACACACACAUAACACACACAGCACACACAUACAGAUACUCAUACACAAAGACCACAAAGUCCUUCUCUGUGCCUCAACCAUGGAAAGUGCCGCACCUCUCUCUUCACUCCAGCACGGCCCAGCUUUGCUUCGUCCACACAGCGCAGCACGAACCAAAGGACAGCUAGCCAAGAUAAUCUUCAUCAGCGCUGUCAGGCCCCUUUCUUCCCCAGGCCUGUCUUUCUAUCUUUUCCCUUGAAGAGGCCCACUCUCUGGUAAAACCUGCUCUGUGUUCGGUCAAUCACCUUGACCGCUGGUGCCCCAUCAGCAUUUGAAAUGUACUGUCUCUGAAACAUUUGUUCAGUGGCUUUUUACUUUUCUGAGCCAUAUAUUUGUCCAGAUAGCUUGAAGCUAGUGAGGCCAAAUAGUGUAUGUAGAUGGCUGUACUUUUGGCAUUAUUUAAGAUUCAUAUGUGCUUUGUUUACACAGUAGACACUGUUUUACAAUAAUAGCAGUUAGUCUUGCAAAACAGACUAUGGGUCAUGAGCUCAUUUAUUGCCAGGAGAAUUACAUAAACUCUGUCACUCCUGAACAUUUAUUUCCAAAACGUCAGUUCGGAGAGUGGUGCACUUGUCCAAUAGGACGCUUCAUGCUCAUGACUGAUUGAAGGAGGGAAAAAUUUAUAUAUAUUUAAAAUAUUCUAAAUAUUUUGCACCCUACUUGAAAAGAUGUAUGUCUCAAAGGCGUAUUGAGCUUUGCAAGGCUUAAAGGAAUAGUUUGACAUUUUGGGAAAUCUGCUUAUUUGCUUUCUUGUGGAGACUUUAAUGUCUGUAUUCUAAAUAUGAAGCUACAGCCAGCAGCCAGUUAGCUUAGGUUAGCACAAAGACUUUUUUUGUACGGAUUAUGCUGGACGUGGACAGAGCCAGUCUAGGCCUUAAAGCCGUAUUUCCAGUUUUUGCGCAAAGCUAACCGGCUGCUGGCAGUAGCUUCAUAUUUACCGUACAGACAUUAGGGUGGUGUCAUUCUUCUCAAUCUUUAAUCAAAUUCAAUCAAAUGUUGGAUACAAUCAUAGUUUCUGUUGUCUCUAAAUUUCCAUAAAUAUGGACAUAUCAGUAAAGCGCAGUCAAAUGAGGUUCA